GCCCCUCCACUGUUCUAUGCUGCCAAGAAGGGUCACGUGGAAGUCAUACGCCGAUUGCUUUGCUGUGACACCAUCGACAUCAACCAGCAAUAUUGGAACAGCUCGCCUCUCUGUGUUGCCUCCGAGAUGGGCCACCCGGAGGUUACAAGAUUACUCCUUGAACACACAACACCCCCCGACCUCAAUCUCAAAACUUAUAUGGGAGACACUGUUGAGAUUCAUGGCUUGCUCAGGCAUCUCCAGGCAUUAAAUGCCCGCUUCGCCAAGCAUGAAGCUCAUGAUCAGCAUUGA